AAGACUCGGGGUUUGGUCAAGGGCCUCUGCAUUUUCGUCUUUAGUCUUUUUUUCUUAGGGUUUUGGAUUUGUAGAGGGUAGGGUUUCCCACUGUGGUGAUCGGUCGUCGGCGAUAUGGAGCCUCGAGUUGGGGGCCGGUUCCGGCUCGGCCGCAAGAUCGGUAGCGGAUCCUUCGGAGAGAUCUACUUAGGUACUAAUAUUCAGACGAACGAGGAGGUUGCGAUUAAGCUUGAAAAUGUCAAGACAAAGCAUCCACAGUUGCUGUAUGAAUCAAAGUUGUAUAAAAUACUCCAGGGAGGAACUGGAAUACCAAAUGUGCGAUGGUUUGGCACUGAAGGAGACUACAAUGUUCUUGUGAUGGAUUUAUUGGGACCUAGUCUUGAGGAUUUAUUCAACUUUUGCAGUAGGAAGUUGUCUCUUAAGACUGUUCUCAUGCUUGCAGAUCAAAUGAUAAAUCGAGUGGAGUUUGUUCAUUCCAAGUCUUUCCUACAUCGGGAUAUCAAACCGGACAACUUCCUAAUGGGAUUGGGGCGUCGGGCAAAUCAGAUUUACGUCAUUGACUUCGGCCUCGCUAAGAAGUAUAGAGACACAUCAACUCAUCAGCACAUUCCUUAUAGAGAUAAUAAGAAUUUGACUGGGACAGCAAGAUAUGCUAGCAUGAAUACUCAUCUUGGCAUUGAACAAAGCCGAAGGGAUGACCUAGAGUCACUUGGAUAUGUGCUUAUGUACUUCCUAAGAGGAAGUCUUCCAUGGCAGGGAUUGAAGGCUGGGACUAAAAAGCAGAAGUAUGAGAAGAUCAGUGAAAAGAAAGUGUCAACUUCAAUUGAGGCCUUGUGCCGUGGUUAUCCCACCGAAUUCGCAUCAUACUUCCAUUACUGUAGAUCUCUACGGUUUGAUGACAAACCUGAUUAUGCUUAUCUGAAGAGACUCUUCCGUGACCUUUUUAUCCGUGAAGGGUUUCAGUUUGAUUAUGUCUUUGAUUGGACAAUCUUAAAAUAUCAGCAGUCGCAGAUCGCCACACCUCCUACCCGUGCUUCUGGUGGUGCCGGACCAAGCUCUGGACUGCCCCCUGUUGUUGCAAAUGUUGAAAGACAAUCAGGUGGGGAGGAAUCUAGACCUACUGGUUGGUCGUUGGCAGAUCCCUCACGUAGGAGAAACUCUGGACCAAUUGUAAAUCCUGGAAGCUUGUCUAAACAAAAAAGUCCCGUUGGAAAUGAUCCAUCUAUAUCUAGAGACGCAAUGUUAUCAAGUUCCAGUUUUUUACGGUCAACUGGAUCAUUGAGGAGGGCAGUAGUUCCUAGCAGUCGGGAUGCAGUAAUUGUUGGCAGUGAAUCUGAUCCCUCUCGUGCUCAAACUAUAGAGGCAAGUUCUGGAACACUAGGUAAAACUUCUACCGCCCAAAGAAGUUCACCUGUUGUAUCUUCAGAGCAGAACCGUACCACUUCUGGUAGAAAUAAUUCAACCGUAAAAAACCUAGAGUCCACCCUCAAAGGAAUUGAGACCCUUCAUUUUAAUAGCGAUGAGAGAGGACAGUAUUAGCAGUUGCUUAUCUCAAUAUGUCGCCCACUGUAAAUUUGAAAAAAGAUGGUAUACAGUUCUCACGCACUUGGGGUGGAAUUUAUUUUCGUUAAUGUACUAUGUUUGAGGAAAGCUGCAACAAUUUGGGGUUGUCCCCCAAGCAGUGUGCAAUAAUGACAGCAUACAGAAGUGGAAAUUUGAUGCCCGGAUGACCUACACCCAGGUAAGAAGGCCUUUGUCAAUACAGCACAAGUUGUGCCACUCUGGUUUCACCUUCUCAAUACCUUAUCCAAAUGCGUGUUUGUGCUUUUGUCAAACACUUUAAUGUGUGGGUCAAAUGCAGAUAGACAACUGUAAAACUGUAAGUAGAUCAACAUUUUGUGAUGUAUUACGAUAUUGUAAGCCUAGAUAUAGCAGGUAAACUGAGUGUUGAAGCCAUUGAUGUUGGCACUUGGCAUUUCUGUUGCAUAUAUUAUCGGAGCUUUAUGUGGUUGGAUCUGGUUGCAUGA